AAGAGUAGAGGGAGAGAGGGACAAAACCAUGGCACUGCUGAAGCUGCCCGGCAUUGGCUGCAGCAGUAUCUUGGCAGGAGCAGGGUCACGGUGUCUGGCAGCGGCGUCCCACGCGCCCUCCUCUUCACCUGUCUUCCUCCUGCACGCCAAUGGCGGCGGCGGCGGGCAGGCGCAUCUCCUCUCGCGCAAGACCACCACCGGCGACGCCAUGAGGACGAGGAGGCGAGACCUCCACGUCGUCGCGACGGCGGCGGCGUCAGCGGCCAAUGUCACGCCGGCGUCGCCCCGCGGCGUCAGCGCCAGCGACGUCCUCUGGCCCUCCGCCGGCGCAUUCUUGGCAAUGGCAGUGCUGGGAAGAAUAGACCAAAUGAUGGCCUUCAAGGGAGUGUCAUUGACAAUUGCACCACUUGGGGCCGUCUGCGCCGUGCUCUUCACAGCUCCAGACUCACCACCUGCCAAGAAAUAUAACAUGUUCGUCGCUCAGAUCGGUUGUGCGGCCAUCGGUGUGCUAGCCCUUUCCUUGUUCGGGCCCGGAUGGCUAGCAAGGGGCGCAGCUCUUUCUGCAUCCAUAGCAUUCAUGACCAUCACAGGCUCUUCGCACCCUCCAGCUGCGAGCUUGCCUCUCCUGUUUAUUGAUGGUCCGAAGUUUCACCAUUUACAACUUUGGUACGCGCUCUUCCCUGGGGCUGCCGGCUGCGCCAUCCUUUGCUUGAUUCAAGAAGUGGUGGUUUACCUGAAGAAGAACUGCAAGUUUUGAUUCAAGCGUUGGCAUUUCCUGAUUCUUGAUGGUUUGAUUAUUAUCAAACCUGUGGCAUACAUAAUUUGACGAAGAGGCCUCUGGAUGAAGUUGAUAAAUGUAGAUUUAGUCUUCUUGGUUCAUUUACCAAGGAAAAGUAGUAGGAAAAGAAGCUGAUUCUGCUUCACAAUUGUUAUUGAUCAUGGUUCACGCCAUGAAAAUGUGAAGUACAUAUAUACCAAUCUGAAUGGAGUGUGAUAUUUCGACACAGAAAUACCCUUUUUUUCUCAA